CAGAAGCAAGGCGGGUGCAGGGCUUGUGGGGAGGGAAGGAGGUGCCAAAGCUCGAGCCCUGAGGCCCUGCUGGCCCCUGGGCGCAGGCCCAGCUCCUGCCUCCAGGAAUGGACCUCGUGGAUCCUGACAUCUUUAAUAGGGACCCUCGGGACCACUAUGACCUGUUGCAGCGGCUGGGUGGCGGCACCUAUGGGGAAGUCUUCAAGGCUCGAGACAAGGUGUCUGGGGACGUGGUGGCACUGAAGAUGGUGAAGAUGGAGCCUGACGACGAUGUCUCCACCCUCCAGAAGGAAAUCCUCAUGUUGAAAACCUGCCGGCAUGCCAACAUCGUGGCCUACCAUGGCAGCUACCUCUGGUUGCAGAAGCUCUGGAUCUGCAUGGAAUUCUGUGGGGCUGGGUCUCUCCAGGACAUCUACCAAGUGACAGGCUCCCUGUCUGAGCUCCAGAUUAGCUAUGUCUGCCGGGAAGUCCUCCAGGGAUUGGCCUACCUGCACUCCCAGAAGAAGAUUCACCGGGACAUCAAGGGAGCCAACAUCCUUAUCAAUGAUGCUGGGGAGGUCAAGCUGGCUGACUUCGGUAUCUCAGCCCAGAUUGGGGCAACGCUGGCUCGACGCCUCUCCUUCAUUGGGACACCCUAUUGGAUGGCUCCAGAAGUGGCUGCAGUGGCCCUGAAGGGAGGAUAUAAUGAGCUGUGUGACAUCUGGUCCCUGGGUAUCACGGCCAUUGAACUAGCUGAGUUGCAGCCACCACUCUUUGAUGUGCAUCCUCUCAGAGUUCUUUUCCUUAUGACUAAGAGUGGCUACCAGCCUCCCCGGCUAAAGGAAAAGAGCAAAUGGUCAGCUGCCUUCCACAACUUUGUCAAAGUCACCCUCACUAAGAACCCCAAGAAACGACCUGGUGCCACCAAGAUACUGAGUCAUCAGCUGGUGUCCCAGCCUGGGCUGAACAGAGGCCUUAUCCUGGAUCUUCUUGACAAACUGAGGAACCCCGGGAAGGGGCCCCCCAUUGCCGAGAGUGAAGAUGAAGAACACGAGCCGCCCCCUGCCAUCCCUCGCCGGAUCAGAUCCACCCACCGGGCCAGCUCAAUGGGGAUCCCAGAUGCAGACUGCUAUAGGCGCCACAUGGAGUUCCGGAGGCUCCAAGGAGCAGAGCCCAGACCCCCCACUGACAGGGUGUGCUUACAGCUCCCCGGUGACCUCAGGAGCAGCAGUCCCAGGAGCCACCUGUCAGAGUCUGAUGACGACUAUGAUGACGUGGACAUCCCUGCCCCAGUAGAGGACACACCUCCCCCACUGCCCCCUAAGCCCAAGUUCCGGUCUCCCUCAGAUGAUGGUACUGGGGGGCUGGGAGAUGAAGGGCAGCUGAGCCCUGGGGUGCUGGUCCGGUGUGCCAGCGGGCCACCCCCACGUACCCCUCGUCCAGGGCCUCCUCCAGUCACCCGCAGCCCCCAUCUCACCGCCCACUCAGAACCCUCACUCUGGAACCCAGCUUCCCAGGAGCCUGACCAGCCCCCACUGCUGCCCCCUAAGAAAGAAAAGAUGAAGCGGAAGGGAUGUGCCCUUCUUGUGAAGCUGUUCAAUGGCUGCCCGCUACGGAUCCACAGCACGGCCGCCUGGACACACCCCUCCACCAAAGAACAGCACCUGCUCCUGGGGGCGGAGGAAGGCAUUUUCAUCCUGAACCGGAAUGACCAGGAGGCCACGCUGGAGAUGCUCUUUCCUAGCCGGACAACUUGGGUGUACUCCAUCAACAACGUCCUCAUGUCUCUGUCAGGAAAGACCCCACACCUGUAUUCUCACAGCAUCCUGGGUCUACUGGAACGGAAGGAGGCCAGAAUGGGCAGCCCCAUCGCUCACAUUAGCCCCCACCGGCUGCUGGCAAGGAAGAACAUGGUCUCCACCAAGAUCCAGGACACCAAAGGCUGCCGGGCGUGCUGUGUGGCGGAGAGUACAAGCUCCGAGGGCCCUUUCCUGUGCGGGGCCUUGGAAACAUCGGUAGUUCUGCUCCAGUGGUACCAGCCCAUGAACAAGUUCCUGCUUGUCCGGCAGGUGCUGUUCCCGUUGCCCACGCCUCUGCCAGUGUUCGCGCUGCUGACCACGCCAGGCUCCGAGCUGCCGGCCGUCUGCAUCGGAGUGAGCCCCGGGCGGCCAGCGAAGUCGGUGCUUUUCCACACCGUGCGCUUUGGUGCGCUGUCCUGUUGGCUGGGCGAGAUGAGCACCGAGCACAAGGGAGCAGUGCAGGUGACCCAGGUAAACGAUGACAUGGUGAUGGUGUUGAUGGAUGGCUCUUUGAAACUGGUGACCCCAGAAGGAGCCCCAGUCCCGGGCCUUCGCACCCCGGAGAUCCCCAUGACAGAAGCAAUGGAAGCCGUGGUGCUGCUUUCUCCUCAGCUAUGGUCGGAGGUCGGCUUCAGGCCUUCUGGAAGCAUGGAGUGCAGGUGUGGGCUCCAGGCUCUGACAGGCUACUACAGGAGCUGAGAGACCCCACUCUUACCUUCCGUCUGCUUGGCUCGCCCAGGCCUGUGGUGGUGGAGACACGACCAGCAGAUGACCCUACUGCACCCAGCAACCUCUAUAUCCAGGAAUGAGCCCUUAGGAGGGGUGUCAGGAACCAGAAGACCCUGCUUCCUCUCUCCAAAAGACACACUAGUGGCCAUGUCACAUCCCAGUCUUCCAAUAAACAUGAUGUUAGCCCCUUGC